AUGCCCACUGGCCUUCUGAGCCUUAGCCCUGGACCAAUGCUGCCCUGUGGAUCUCCUCUGGAAGACUGCUCCUACAGGCUGCAGCUCAGGUUCCUGGGGCGGCAGGUGGCACCCGGGCACCCCACGCCCUUGGGGAGACGUUCCCGAGCACCAGCCGAUGACAACGGGGUUUCUGCCUGUCCUGGUCAUUGCCAGAUCCCCAGCACCUGCAUGUCACGAGACGUAAAUGCCCCCAAAGGUCAAGCUGCUCGAAUGGCACAGCCUUCAAGCGGGAAGGGAGCGCACAGCCCCGCAGGGUCUUUGGCAAUGUCCAUCGGGAGCUGGCCGGGUCACAGCCUGGUCCCGGGCGCCCGCGCGAGAGAGGGAGGGGAGGAGGCCGAGCGGCGCAAAGCGGCUGCAGCGAGACCUGGGCGCUCGGCCAGGACAGCAACCGGAGGGCCCUGCGUCCUCGGAGGCAGUGUGGCAAAGGUCACUGCUGGCCUUACGGGCGACAGAGCAGAGGGACGCGCUGGGACCGGGACGCGGACACCUCGAACCUACUCACCUUCAGCGACCCCGGAGGCCCAGAGCCAGAGCGGCAAGAGGCGGAAGUGCGUCACCGGACGCGCUCCCUCCAGCCCAACCCUAAAGCCGAAGGGGCGGGUCUCGUCGCGCAGCUCAGCCACUAGACACCCCGCUCGGCGCCGGACGUCCCGCCCCCGGGGGCGGGCCCCGCGCCUCCGCCGCACGGGUCCCCCCCCCCUGGAGCCGGGUCCCGGUCCGCCCGAGCGGGCAGGGGGCGGCGGCGCGGCCCGCUGGGUCCGGCUCAACGUGGGGGGCACCUACUUCGUGACCACCCGACAGACGCUGGGCCGGGAGCCCAAGUCCUUUCUCUGCCGUCUCUGCUGCCAGGAGGACCCGGAGCUGGACUCGGACAAGGAUGAGACAGGGGCCUAUCUGAUUGACAGAGAUCCCACCUACUUCGGGCCUAUCCUAAACUACCUCCGACAUGGGAAACUCAUCAUUAAUAAGGAAUUGGCAGAAGAAGGUGUGCUGGAAGAAGCAGAAUUUUACAACAUUGCGUCUCUGGUGCGACUGGUUAAGGAGCGAAUACGGGACAAUGAGAACAGAACUUCACAAGGCCCCGUGAAGCACGUGUACAGAGUCCUGCAGUGCCAAGAGGAGGAACUCACACAGAUGGUCUCCACUAUGUCUGAUGGUUGGAAAUUUGAACAGCUCAUCAGCAUUGGAUCUUCCUAUAACUAUGGGAACGAGGAUCAGGCAGAGUUCCUGUGUGUUGUCUCCCGGGAGCUCAAUAAUUCCACCAACGGCAUCGUCAUAGAGCCUAGUGAGAAGGCAAAGAUUCUUCAGGAGAGAGGAUCUCGAAUGUGA